UACAGGCAGUGACCCCUGAUGUGAGGUUUUGGAAUGCAUCCGGUGCGGCCUUUGUGACGGUCCAGGAGUCAGGGCAGGUGGCAGGCGCAGUGGUAGCCGAGGUCCUCCUGACCAUGGUCCUGGUGCUGGCGGUCUGCAUGGGAGCCAUCAAUGAGAGGACCAAGGGUCCUCUGGCUCCAUUCUGUGUCGGCUUCUCUGUCACGGUGGAUAUCUUGGCAGGGGGCGCUGUGUCUGGAGCCUGCAUGAAUCCUGCCCGUGCCUUUGGUCCCGCUGUGGUGGCCAACCACUGGAGUUACCACUGGAUUUACUGGCUGGGCCCCCUCCUGGCCAGCCUGCUUGUAGGACUGCUCGUCAGGUUCGUCAUUGGAGAUGAGAAGACCCGCCUGAUCCUAAGAAGCUGAGAUGGGGGAUUCCUACUGCCUCAGGCACCCACAGGUGCCCCUCCUGCACUGCAGACAGGGCAGUGGCUGGCUUGCUUUCUGGCUUCUCAGACAGACUGACACUAAGUCGAGAGGAGCUUAUUCAAAUGUCAUUCUGCUCUCCCAGAGACCUCAGCCCGGGACCAUGUAGAAUAAAACAGAAGAGAUUUUCUUGACGGGCAAGGUUCCGGGAGCAGAAGCGCCGUUUGGAAGAGGUGGUUGUUUGCACCUAUCAGCCCAUCUUCCCCCCUUCUUUGGUUCUCUGAAUCCCCUAUUAUUGAAGGGUCCCCUCCAAUUUAUUAAUUUGCUUUCUACCUUUGUAAUAAAUAGUAUUUCC